UCGCAGUGCUGCCCGCGAGAGCGCGCCCAGAGCGGCUCUCCGCUGGCAACACUUUAGAUUGUUUACGGUGAAAUCUCCAGUCAAGGAAGUUUCUCUGCGGGGAACGGGAAGUUGAGGCCAAAAAUGCGAAAUGCGGAGGAGGAAAUCCACUCGGAUGGACAGUUCGGCUACGCACAUGACAACAGUGGUGUGGUGGAGAUAAUGGGAGAGGUUCCGUGCGUGGCGGAGGACGUCGUGACGACGGUGGACUUCAAUGAAACUGCCAUCUCGAAGCUUCUAGAUGCCGUGCAGUCGCUGUCCAAGAUCCAGCAGACGCAGAAGCGCAUUGCCGACAUUCUGGAUUUGACGGAGGACGAGGAGAGUGAGAACGACGUCGAUUGCACUGUGACGUUUCCGCUGAAGAGCCUGAAGCAGUUCCAGAGCCUCGAGAGGAUGUCCAACAACGAGGCGUACAGGAAGAAUCUGACAAAGUCACUUCGGUUGCUGCUGAUCAACGGGCCAAUUCAGGAUCCCGUGAAGAACCUCCUGGACGACUCCAUAGCCAUGCACUUCGUCUGGGAUGACCUCAGCAAGCCUUAUCUCAUCUCCCUCCGGCAGACGAUCUGCUUCGGACACGUUAUUUACAAUGCGCUGGGAAUGUGCUUCUCUGACUACUCAAACUUCGUCCGGACGUGCCUGUCGAUGGCCCAGGCGAGAUCUCAGAAUCGUGGCAUGAGUUCACCGAUCACAAUCCGACCAGAGACGCAAUUUCAGCACUUCGCCUAUCUCGUCACGGACAUUUCCCAGAGAAUCUCAGACGUUGAGAUCUUCCAGAAGAAAAUUGAGUCGUACACGGACUUCAAGAAGCACGAACUCGACCACAAAAUCUACUUUCCCCUCAAUUCCAUCACGAGUUUGCAGAUGCUCGAGAGCGCUUUGCGCUACAAAGUCAUUCAAGAUGAAGUUAUUUCCUACUGCAGAGAAUUGUAUAAGAAAGACAGAUCUCUCCAAAGUAUUGUUCUAAGUCAGUUUUUAGCAGAGUUUUCAAUCGCUGGGCCGCUGAGGAAGAGUGAUAUCUUCAAGUUCUCCUUCUUCAAUCACUCUCUCUACGUGGCUCUCGAGAUGACUCGUCAGGAUUAUGAGAUUGAGAUUACGCAUGAAAUUGAGUGCGCAAGUGAGAAAGUCUUUGGGAAGUCCAGCAAAUUGGUGAAGGAAGAUGACGUGGCGAAUCAGGAGAUUGAGGCGAUUGAGAAGGCGCACAAAAUUGUGACUGAGCGGAAGAUUGUGCUGAUCAAGAAGGAGGACUUGACUGAGCAGGGCAUUCCGAAGAUGUUCAGGGAUGUGCUGAUGAAUCGCUCUGACAAUGACAAAGCGACCAUUUUCACUGACUCGAAGAAUUUCAUUUCAUUUGCCAAAAUUGAUUCAGCCAGCAAAACAGUGUCAAAAGAUUUCCACAUUGACAAUAUUGAGGAAAAGGUGUCGAGAUAUUUUCCACUGACAUCGCAGAAAGCUCUUCGGCAAUUCAACAUAAAGCUGUCUGAUCAGCAAUUCAAAUUCUCAAUGCAAUACUUGCUCGAUGAAUUCUACUACAAUCGCAAGUUUUCCAUCAAAGACAUCAUUGCGGAUGACUUGCUGGCCAAUGUUAAUGAGCUGGAGUUGUUUGGGUGCUUCUUAAUGUCGAAUUUCCUGCCACUUAUCUUGUCUCUGCCGCCAAAAUCCUUCCUCAGGAUGGCAAAAUUGGAGUUUAGAGCGCUCAAGACGGCCUUAGAAUUGAAGAGAAUCAAUCACAAUGAGUUCAUCAGGGUCAAAAUGGAAAUUGGCCAAACGAUCGAAGUGGAGAAUAACAUCAAUGGAACGGUUAAGCAGUACUUUCCCAUCGCCACGAUUGAGGAGUUUGACGAUAUUGAGCGAAACCUUGAAUAUCCGGACUUUUACAAGGAAAUUUCGCAUCACUGCAAAAUUGUGUUAAUGAAGGAGAAGAAGUUCAAGCUGAAGAACUUCGUGGCGGAGAAUCUGUUGACAAAGUAUAGCGCGAAAGGAAGUGCCAGCACUCUUUCGCUGAUCGAGACGAAGCUCUUUGGGGACAUUUUGAGGCAAUUCUCGAAACUCUCCGAGGCGGAUUUCACGUCAAUUGUGCAGAAGCAUCACAGUAUUGUCAUGAGUAAGAUGCGAAAUAGUCAAGGAGCGAUGAUGGAUGGCUUGGAAAACGGACGAAAGCGACGAAGGCAGUUUGUUGAGGUGAUUUUUCCACUGGCCAAUGAAGAGCAACUGGCUUUGGUGAAUGAUCAACUGAAGGAUGAUGGCUUCAGGACGGAAAUUGAAAAGGUUUUUCGGAGCUUGAUAAAUCACGAGGAGGGAAAAGGUGGUCAGGAUAUUCCUCUGGAUGACAUUCUGGAUGAUAAUCUUAUCAGGAAGCUGACGUGGGACAAUAAUGAGGACACUUCACUGAAGAAUUACACUUUCUUCACGACUUCUCUCUUCAGUGUGAUGAACAUGGAGUGGCUGGAGUUUGAGAAUGUGAUGCAGAAGACACUCAACAGAAUGAUGAUGCAGGAAAGGUGUGAAUCUGGGAACUCAAGCACUGACUUUGUCAUCAUUCCGCCGCCCAAGCGGAACAGAAAGAGCGAAAGUCCGAUGAAUACGUUUGUGGAUCAGAACGAGGUGAUCCUCGAGACGCCGCAAGUGUGCCAGGAAGUUGAGGAGACGACGGAAGAAGUGCCACAGCAUCUGUCAGAGCAGGAGAAUGAGGAUUCGCAGGAAGUUGUGUGCGGCACGGACGACGAGAGCUCGAAUAUGAAUGACUUUGAGCAGAUUCUGCCCAUCAAGACCAAAGAGGAAUUCGUUCACAUGGAGACUCUCCUCACGGACAAGCACUUUUCCACGUAUUUUGGACUUUUGUGUGGCAAUUGCGAAGAUAGAUCGACUCUCUUGAGCAACAUUAUCACGGAAAAUGCUCUCAGGUUCUUCACAUGGACAGGAACUGCGGAAACUCUGUGCUUUCAGGACACAAUUCUCUGCAAUAUUCUCGCGAGAAAAGCGUACGAAUCGAAUCCUGAACUGCUCAAGAGCAUCAUUGAUUCUGUGGAGGAAAAAGCGCUCACGCAAGAUGUUGGCGCGCUGUUUCCCAUCUUCAACAAGAGCCAUCUGAAGACUGUGGAAUCAUAUCUGCCCCACAUUAGGCAGAGAAUGAUCGAUUAUUUCGCUGAUAUCAGGCAAAAUGUGGGAAAUGAGGUGUUGAGUCACAUGUUUUCCGGUGAGAUGAUAAGCAAUUCUGGUCAGUAUGAAUUGGAGAGUCUUCCCAAGUCGCCCUUCUUCAAGGAAGUCGUGCAAGUUGUGUUCAAGGAUCUCAGAAAGUCACAGAUAAUGAAUGCCAUUCGGGAUGAAAUUGAGACGCCAGAAGCGUAUUUUAGGCGUAUUUUGCCCGUGUCGGAAAUCAAUCUCGGCACAUUUGAGCAGAAGUUGCGGAAGAGGGAGUUUCUGGAGUGUCUGAUUGCCAUUUGCUGCAACUUCGUGCAGAAACACACGGACGGAUAUUUCCACAAGUUGAUCGACAGCGAACUCAUUCAGCAGUACAGCUUCAAUGGCGAAGACGGACUGCGAUCGAUUGACAAGUCGGCGCUGUACAAUCUGGUGCUGAAGGAAGUGUACAAGAAGUCAGACAUUGAGCUGCAGGCGAAGAUUCAGAUGGAAUUGUACUUGGCUCAGGCUUUGGCUGACUACAAAAGUGACAAAUUGCAGAGUUGAGUGGAGGUUUAUCGGGGGGUGGACGGGCUGCGGAGGUGGCGCAGGAGGAGAGUGGAGUGAUGAUGGUGAGAGUGUUGGACGGAUCUCAGACUUUUUGCC